CAGGGGCGAUGAGAGUGUUUGAGCACAACAGGAAAAUAUGAGCGGACUGUAAAUCAGAGAGGGACGGUUCUCCUGUCGGCCAGCGCCCAUCAUGGCCCGCUCUCAGGACCUCCGCACCCCGGCGAGGAGCUCCUAAAGCCGCCGCCAGAGGCUUCUUCUUUCCCGCGGUUCAUCGCUGGUGAUCCGUUCACAUAUGAUGGAACGGGCGAUGGAGCAGCUAAACGUACAGCUCAGCCGGCUGACCCGCUCCCUCCGCCGGGCCAGAACCGUGGAACUCCCGGAAGAUAAUGAGACUGCAGUAUACACACUGAUGCCAAUGGUGAUGGCUGACCAGCACAGGUCGGUUUCAGAGCUUCUACUCAACUCCAAGUUUGAUGUGAACUACGCCUUCGGUCGGGUGAAGAGAAGUCUGCUGCACAUUGCUGCUAACUGUGGAUCUGUGGAGUGUCUGGUUCUCCUGCUGAAGAGAGGCGCUAACCCAAACUAUCAGGACAUCUCAGGCUGCACCCCUCUGCACCUCGCUGCCAGGAACGGACAGAAGAAGUGCAUGGGCAGACUGCUGGAAUAUAACGCUGACGUCAACAUCUGCAACAACGAGGGUCUGACUGCUAUCCACUGGCUGGCGGUGAACGGCCGGACGGAGCUCCUCCAUGACCUGGUCCAGCACGUGACCAACGUGGACGUGGAGGACGCCAUGGGGCAGACGGCUCUGCAUGUCGCCUGUCAGAACGGACACAAAACAACGGUGUUGUGUCUUCUGGACAGCGGAGCCGACAUCAACCGGCCGAACGUCUCUGGAGCCACGCCCCUUUACUUUGCCUGCAGUCAUGGUCAAAGAGACACGGCUCAGAUUCUGCUCUCUCGAGGAGCCAAAUACCUCGCCGACAAGAACGGCAUCACUCCUCUGGAUCUCUGCGUGCAGGGAGGGUACGGGGAGACCUGUGAGAUCCUGAUCCAGCAUCACGGCAGACUAUUCCAGAGUCUGAUCCAGAUGACGCAGAACGAUGACAUCAAAGAGAACAUGCUCAGACAGGUCUUCGAGCAUGUGUCUCAGCAGAGUGACGGUCACUAUCAGAGGAUCCUGACCAGUCUCGCUGAAAUCGCCACGACCAACGGACACAAACUGCUCAGCCUGUCCAGCAGUUUCGAGGCACAGAUGAAGAGUCUGCUGAGAAUCGUUCGUAUUUUCUGCCACGUGUUUCGCCUGGGGCCAUCGUCCCCGAGCAACGGCAACGACAUGGGCUACAACGGCAACAAGACGCCUCGCAGCCAGGUCUUUAAGAUGUGUGUGUCACAGAAGGAGGUUAAGAUGGUCCAAAAAGACGACUCCUGGGCAGGUUCUGCCUUCCUAGAUCCGCUGGAGCUGCUGUGGCACUCCCUGGACGAGUGGCUGGUGCUUAUCUCCACAGAGCUGGACAGGAACAGGAAGAACCCAUCCUCAUCCUCCUCCAGCAGCGAGAUCGCCUCCCUGCUCCUCAAACAGCGGGAGGCCGACCCCUCCGCCUCCGCCUCGGCGCCGAAGCUCCCGUCCCUGCUGGACCCUCAGAUCGUCAUGGAAACAGAGGUGUACCCCGACGGGGAGGACGUGAUCUCCAUGACGGCCAAUCGUCUCAGUGCGGUGAUCCAGGCCUUCUACAUGUGCUGUUCCUGCCAGAUGCCGCAGGGAAUGACGUCCCCUCGUUUCAUCGAGUUCGUCUGCAAUCACGACGAGGUGCUGAAGUGUUUUGUAACCAGGAAUCCAAAGAUCAUCUUUAACCACUUCCACUUCCUGCUGGAGUGUCCUGAGCUGAUGUCACGUUUCAUGCAUAUCAUAAAGGGACAGCCCUUCAAGGAUCGCUGUGAGUGGUUCUACGAGCAUCUGCUGGCCGGCCAGCCCGACUCCGACAUGGUUCACCGUCCGGUCAACGAGAACGACAUCCUGCUCAUCCACAGAGACUCUAUCUUCAGUAGCAGCUGUGAGAUGGUUUCAAAGUCCACCAACGAGAAGCUCAAACAGGGCAUCGCUGUCCGGUUCCACGGAGAGGAGGGCAUGGGUCAGGGUGUGGUGCGGGAGUGGUUCGACAUCCUGUCCAAUGAGAUCAUUAAUCCUGACUACGGACUGUUCACGCAGUCAGCUGACGGCACCACUUUCCAGCCCAACAGUAACUCGUCAGUGAACCCAGACCACCUGAACUACUUCAGGUUUGCGGGUCAGAUCCUGGGUCUGGCUCUGUAUCACAGACAGCUGGUCAACAUCUACUUCACCCGCUCCUUCUACAAACACAUACUGGGUAUCCCAGUGAACUACCAGGACGUGGCGUCCAUCGAUCCGGAGUACGCCAAGAACCUGCAGUGGAUCCUGGACAACGACAUCAGCGACCUGGGCCUGGAGCUCACCUUCUCCGUGGAGACGGACGUGUUCGGGGCGAUGGCGGAAGUCCCGCUCAAACCCGGAGGAACGAGCAUCCUGGUAACCCAGGACAACAAGGCGGAGUACGUCCAGCUGGUGACAGAGCUGAGGAUGACUCGAGCCAUCCAGCCUCAGAUCAACGCCUUCCUGCAGGGUUUCCACACCUUCAUCCCCCCCUCGCUCAUCCAGCUCUUCGACGAGUACGAACUGGAGCUCCUGCUGUCGGGGAUGCCAGAGAUCGAUGUGCAGGAUUGGUGCAGGAACACCGAGUACACCAGCGGCUACGACCGAGAGGAGCCGGUCAUCCAGUGGUUCUGGGAGGUGGUGAAGAGCCUGACUCAGGAGGAGCGGGUCCUCAUGCUGCAGUUUGUCACUGGAAGUUCCAGGGUUCCUCACGGGGGCUUCGCUUUCCUGAUGGGGGGCAGCGGUUUACAGAAGUUCACAGUCGCCGCCGUGCCGUUCUCCUCCAACCUGCUGCCUACCUCCAGCACCUGCAUCAACAUGCUGAAACUCCCUGAGUACCCGAGCCAGGAGGUCCUCAGAGACCGGCUGCUGGUGGCGCUGCAUUGUGGGAGUUACGGGUACACCAUGGCGUGAUGGCCGCCAUCCACUUCCUGCUGCACACACUGUUUCUCUGCUGCUGCUUCUGCUGGACGAAGAAGGGAAAUCCAGGUUCUUCUUUUUACGAGCUGCUGGAUGGAGAGGGACAACAGACUGAAUGAGACCAGGACCUGGAUCUCACCUCGUACCUGUGCCAAAACUUCUGUUUGAUUGAUUGAAGCUGGUAUCUGGUAAUAUAUGCAAAAAAAAAAAAAAAAAAAAAGUUUUCAUGCAUUUAAUUAUUACAAAUCAGCAUUUAUAGCAUAGAUCCUGUUUGGAUAACUGAAUGUAGAUGAUCGAUUACCUGGAUUAAAAACAGAAUCAUUUAUUAUCAAUCUAAAGGCAUCAUAUCCAUGUCGUAGAUUUGCAGGUUUCUUUAAGGUGUCGUCAUCAGACCGACAUAAAAAAAAGAUCAAAGUUGACGCUGCUUUUGCCUCAAUUUAAAAAAACAUUUUCACUAUUUUUGAAACACAGCGCCCGACUUUGACAUAUUUUAAAGUCUUGAUGACUAAAAGGCAGAAAAGAUCUUUGGUGGUCUCCAGUAGAUUUCUGCAGCCUGCAGCAGUGAAACAGGCUGUGAGGGCUGCAACGUAAUGCCUCAUCAAUCAAAAGGGAGUCCCACUAAAAGUUCUGUUUUUUUGUCCCUGACAGGCUCAGAUUGUUUUUCUGAGUGUCUGAGAACAUCACAGAAAUGGAAGAUGGCUUUACUCUCUUCAGAGACACCAGACUCUGUUCACAACAUCAGUCCUUUCACCUCACAGAAAACAGGACUGAUCUGAUUCACUGCUGCCUCCAUCACUUAGUUUGUUUCUCUCUGUAAACUUGUCGGACACUUGAAAGCUGUUUUCACUCAAACACUCCUAAAAAAAAUCUCUAGAGCCUUUUGGUCCUGAAGAUAUAUUUUUUAUAUCUAGUAAUACUUUUACAAUUCGGGCUGCACGAUAUUAGAAAGACUCAGAUUGCGAUAUCUUUUCUUCCUGCAAUAUUUGUUAGCAUUUAAAAAGAGUCUUCUAUACGAUGCUAUAAUGAGAAUAUCUGUCUUUAUAUCAAUGCUACGUGUAGGUGAAGAGAAUCUCAAUGUGAACUAAAGAGAGGAGAAGAACAGGAAACAUA